AUGUCCAACAAUCCAUGGCUUCAAAUCUUCCAUUCACGUCCCUCAGCUAAGUACCAAGUGUUCAUAUUUCCUGGUGCAGGAUCUGCAGGUUACGUCUAUCAAACAUGGGACACAAACUUUCCUAUCUAUGAAUUUGCCUUAGUAGAAUAUCCGGGUCGUUUUAGUCGUUUCGGUGAAGAACCAUUUCGUACGUUAAAGGAAUAUAUUCAACAAUUAGAUAAGUGGCUAGUGCCGUCGAUUCGAAAGCCAUGUGUAUUUAUUGGUCACAGCCUAGGAACUGCAAUUAGUUUUGCACUAGCUAAACAUAUGGUUGAUAUGAAAAAGAAAAAUGAGAUGAUUAAGUUAAUGGUAAUGUUAGGAAGAGGCCCGCCGCAUUUAAAAGAUCCCAGUACAACUACUAUCUAUGAUGAUCCUGAUAUCAUGCAAAUGAUUAUACCUAUGUUAAAAGCUGAUUCAUUGGUCGCCGAUGAAUUACAACCAAAAACUCUGUUAGAUAUACCGAUUAUUGUUUAUGGUGGUGACAAAGAAGAAAAUGUGGAUGAAGCGCUUUUGAAGAGGUGGGCUGAAUUAACAACUGUCGAAGAUUUUUUUCGUGUACGUAUGUUUCAUGGGCAUCAUAUGUUUCAUUCUGAGUGUGGUGAAAAUGUAGUGAAAUGUUUAAAAGAAGAUCUGACGAAUAUAGUGGAGAAGCCACAAGACGAAAUCACCUAUUUAACUAGUUACAGCGUUGAAGAUAUGUCCGGCAACAUUAAUGAUGAAAAACAAAAAGUAGCUGCACUCUGA